AUGUGGAAAAUUCGAUGUGUGUGUCCAUUUGACGAUGAUGAUGGCUUUACAAUCCAAUGUGAGAACUGUGAGGUUUGGCAACAUGCUAUUUGCUUUGAAAUUAGCUCGGAAAACGUUCCUGAAAAUUACCUCUGCGAACAAUGUCAACCACGCUCGGUCGAUACUGACAAGGCUCGUCAAGUGCAGCUUGAACGAAUUCAGCAAGAAACGCUUUUGAAAGUUGCUCCUCGUCGUCGACCUCACGGUGCGAAAACUCGUAGCCACUCAAAUUCUCGUCAUGCUUCGUCGUCUAGUACAUCGUUGCCCCAUCAAGUUACUCAUAACCCCUCUAACCCUUCGAAUGGAUUCAUGUCAGCUCCCCCUGCCCCAAACAAUCAUAUUGUCGCAAACACAAAUAGCCGAAGAAAGCGGACGAGUCAUUUAUCGCCUCCUUUACCUGAAAUCCAAAAUCCAACCGUGGCUUAUUCAUCCUCAAUUCCAUAUUCUCCUCAUUUAGAAUAUGUGCCCUUGCAAUCCAAUACAUAUUCCGUUGAGGCCUCAGAAUACGCAAAAUCUUUGUCCGGUUUAGAUACGCCAAAUGCCACUGGCGAGUAUAUCGACGAUCCCUGCUAUGUGGCUUCCGUACAACCGAAAACGUUUUGCUCUAGUCGAUUUGGCUUAUUUACUUCCAGGCAAUUGGUUCCCGAUCAGCCUGUCACCGAAAUAAUGGGAAGAAUAUUCACUCAACACGAGUAUAAAAGAGAUCCCAAAAACCAGUAUCGAUUAAUUGGUAUACCAAAACCUCAUGUUUAUUUUGACGAAAAGUCUGACUUAGUAAUUGAUGCCCGCGUGGCUGGUUCUAAGGCUCGAUUCAUUCGCAGAAGUUGUCAGCCAAAUUGUACUGUUAUAAGCUAUUUGAAUGAAGCUGAUAUCUUCGCCCCUAGCUUUUAUUUAGUGCCACUUAAGCCCAUUGAUUCUGAGUCUGAGCUUACCGUUGAUUGGAAUUUCGACGCUGCUCAUCCAUUUCAAUGCUUUGCAAACAAUAGCCCCAUUCCUUCGUUUACAAAGGAAGAACUUGAGCGCCUGUCAUUCAUCCUUUCUUCCAUCACCUCCAAUGCCGAUUGUUCUUUUGCCGAUAAGCGUAAUUGUUUAUUCUCCAAGAUUAUGAGGUUUAUAAAGUUUCCCCAACGUUAUGCUUCUAAUACAAAGACUCGUUUUCGUGUCUCUACUAUGUCUCGCGAAGAUUCUUUGUCAAAUUCACUAGAUGAAGAAACCAGAGAGAUAAAAGAUCGAAACGUGAAAUCUUUAAAACAAUCAUGGCUUAUGAAAUAUCGAUUGAGGACUCAGUCACCUCCACUAAAGGAAGCGAUUGGAGUUAAGCAUGACAAUGAUGUUUUAUCAUCGAGUGCAAACAAGGCAGGUGAGAAUUUUGAGACAGAGGAUAAUGCAAAGAUGGAGAUUGAACACAAUAGCGUGUCGAACUCGCCUGCUGCGAAUAUGGAAGUUGCAGAGAAAAAAGCUAUUUCUCCCACACCUCCGUCACCGUCCACAUCUCAUACACCCCAAACGUAUAAUAUGUCUCCUAAAAGCGAUGAAUCAAGAAAUGGUAUGGAGGUACAUGUACAUGGUCAUAUACCGGAGGCUGCAGACAUCGCACCCUUGACUCCGCCUCAUGGUAUCAAAACUUAUGAUUCGUUUGAGGCUUCUUCAAUAGAUUCUGAACGCAGAAAUCCAUCGGAAACUACUUUGCUUUCUAGUAAAGAGGACGAAACUGAUAUGGAUUUCAGUGUUAACAAUAACAGAAGAAAAAUGACUACAGAAGUUAGGCCGCAAACGAAAAGGAGGAGGAGCGCAGUCCAUGAUAGGUCACCGCCAAAAAUUAACCCUUUCAGAAGUUUAAGAAAUUCGAUUGGUACCGAUGGCUCAAGUUUAUUAUCAUUAAGUCCUAUUAGUGAAAAAACAAUUAAACCUUCAGGUUCGGUAGUGACCGAUCAUGUUCCAAGUGAAUCAAUGAACCAAUCGGAAUUGAGGUUUUCCAGCAAAAUUGACACAAAAGAAAAACUCGUUGCUCCUAAUAUGUCUGAUUCUGCUAAACUGGUAGCCAACUCUGAAAUCAAUGACCCUUCUGCAGGGCACAAUAAUCAAUCCAACACACAUAUGGAUAAGCCAACGUUGGUCGAAGGAAAUUUACCGCAUAAUAGUUUAAAUGGAGUGGUUCAGUCUAAUUCAUUAGACGAAAGUGCUAGGCCUUCUGUCUCUGAAAGUUUAUCACGAAAACAUGAUAUAAAUGAGGGUGGUCAUUCUAUGACUAUAGACCAAAAAGUCAACAGGCAACCAGAAAUUAGACGAAGUGAUGGGCAAGAGAGAAUACCGGGGCCACCAUCUUCGGCACCGCCGGCACCCCCGCCUGCUCCUUCAUCUGGACCGAAAAAGCUUUCUCUUUCUGAAUAUCGACAACGCCGCCAAGAAGUUUUGAAAAGCAAGCAAUCAGAUUCUGGUGGCGGGUUUAAUAAUGCUGAGAGGCGGGUUCCCUCAGCUCCUAAUCUAAAUACGGCGGCCUCUACUUCGUAA